UAACAUAAAUAGAUAGAAAUUAAGUUUAAACAUGUUGAGAAUGCCCGUCAGUUGGAAUUGUAGAUUGUAAGGUGAUUAUUUUACAAAAUGUUCCUAAACUCGCUUUAUUUAAAUUAAUACAAAACACCCUGACCGAAAGUGGUUAAUCGUAUCAUCCUCUCUGGCUGCCGUAGUUGACUCAGGUUCACUUGAAGUGCAUUUCGGGAAUUUGUGUACUGUGUUUCUCUCUGGAAAGAUGGCGGACGCCUUUGGAGACGAUUUGUUCAGCGUGUUUGAACAAGAGGAAAAAACAAGCACCAAGAAACGAAAAGAAGUCGACAGUGGAACCAAGCCUGGGAAAUCUCAUGGCAAACCUAAAGCAGAUAAUAUUGAUUCCACUGCAAAAAGCAAGCGUGACCUGGAGACCGAUGAAAAUGGUGAAAUAAUAUUUGGGAAGAAGCCAAAGCUCGAGACAGUAUCUGCAGAAGAAAUUAAUCUUGCAGAUCUCAUGCCAAAAGUUAAGGUGGAACAGGUGGAAACUGUAGAAGGCUGUACACAUGAGGUGGCUCUGCCUGCAGAUGAAGAGUAUACUCAGUUGAAACCUCGUGUUGGAAAAGCAGCAAAGGAGUAUCCCUUCAUUCUAGAUCCUUUUCAAAGGGAGGCUAUUUUAUGCAUUGACAAUAACCAGUCUGUCCUGGUAUCUGCCCAUACUUCAGCAGGAAAAACAGUAUGUGCUGAGUAUGCUAUUGCCCUUGCUUUGAGGGAGAAGCAGCGAGUUAUAUUCACCAGUCCUAUUAAAGCCCUGAGCAACCAGAAAUACAGAGAGAUGUAUGAGGAGUUCAACGAUGUGGGCCUAAUGACUGGUGAUGUCACCAUUAACCCAACAGCUUCAUGUCUUAUCAUGACCACAGAGAUUUUAAGAAGUAUGCUCUACAGAGGAUCAGAGGUGAUGAGAGAAGUAGCAUGGGUUGUAUUUGAUGAAAUCCAUUACAUGAGAGACUCAGAGCGUGGUGUGGUUUGGGAAGAAACCAUUAUUCUUCUUCCCGACAAUGUUCACUAUGUGUUUUUAUCGGCCACCAUCCCCAAUGCACGUCAGUUUGCUGAGUGGAUCUGCCAUCUUCACAAACAGGCCUGCCAUGUAGUCUACACAGACUAUCGACCUACACCACUUCAACACUACAUCUUUCCAGCAGGGGGCGAUGGACUUCACUUGGUUGUGGAUGAAAGCGGAGAGUUCAGAGAAGAUAAUUUCAACACAGCGAUGCAAGUGUUGAGAGAUGCAGGUGACCUGGCAAAGGGAGACCAGAAGGGCCGUAAAGGAGGAACUAAAGGACCAUCAAAUGUGUUCAAGAUUGUGAAGAUGAUCAUGGAAAGGAACUUUCAGCCUGUCAUUAUCUUCAGUUUCAGUAAGAAAGACUGUGAAGCCUAUGCACUGCAGGUUUCUAAGCUGGACUUCAAUACAGAUGAAGAAAAGAAGCUUGUGGAAGAGGUCUUUAACAACGCCAUUGACUGCUUGUCAGAUGAAGACAAAAAACUUCCCCAGGUUGAGCAUGUGUUGCCACUGUUGAAGAGAGGAGUAGGGAUCCAUCAUGGUGGUUUGCUUCCUAUCCUGAAGGAAACUAUUGAGAUUUUGUUCUCUGAAGGCUUACUGAAGGCCUUGUUUGCAACAGAGACGUUUGCCAUGGGAAUCAACAUGCCAGCCAGGACAGUUUUGUUCACAAGUGCCCGCAAGUUUGAUGGAAAAGAUUUUCGUUGGAUUACUUCAGGUGAAUAUAUUCAGAUGUCUGGGCGUGCCGGCAGACGUGGCAUGGAUGAAAGAGGAAUAGUUAUUUUCAUGGUUGAUGAAAAGAUGAGCCCGGCAAUUGGAAAGCAGCUUCUUAAGGGUUCUGCUGAUCCUCUCAACAGUGCUUUCCAUUUGACCUAUAACAUGGUGUUAAACUUGCUGCGUGUUGAAGAGAUUAACCCUGAAUACAUGUUGGAAAAGUCUUUCUACCAGUUUCAGCAUUACAAAGCCGUCCCAGGAGUAGUGGAGAGGGUGAAGAAACUAGAAGAGCAAUACAAUGAAAUUGAAAUCUCCAACGAAGAAAGUGUGGUCACCUACUACAAAAUUCGACAGCAGCUGGCUAAACUCGGAAAGGAGAUUGAAGAAUACAUUCACAAACCAAAAUACUGUUUGCCUUUCCUGCAGCCUGGAAGACUCGCAAAGGUGAAAAAUGAUGACGACGACUUUGGUUGGGGAGUGGUUGUAAACUUCUCCAGGAAAUCAAAUGUGAAGGCUAGUACUGGAGACCUGGACCCCUUGUAUGUGGUAGAGGUGCUAGUUCAUUGCAGCAAGGAGAGUGUGAAGAAUGCUGCCACAGAUGCUGCCAAGCCAGUGAAGCCAGGCGAGAAAGGGGAGAUGCAGGUUGUUCCUGUCAUGCUGCAUCUUCUCAGUGCAAUCAGCUCUGUCAGGCUAUAUAUUCCAAAAGACCUUCGUUCAUUUGACAACAGGCAAAGUGUGCUGAAGUCCAUUCAGGAAGUCCAGAAGCGGUUCCCUGAUGGAGUACCCCUGUUGGAUCCUAUUGAUGACAUGGGAAUCAAAGACCAGGGACUGAAGAAAGUGAUUCAGAAAGUGGAGGCCUUUGAACACAGAAUGUACUCCCACACUCUGCACAAUGACCCAAACCUAGAGGCUGUGUACAAUCUCUGUGAGAAGAAGGCACAGAUCGCUGGGGACAUUAAGACUGCGAAGCGUGAGCUGAAGAAAGCGAGGACAGUUUUGCAGAUGGACGAGCUCAAAUGUAGAAAACGUGUUCUAAGAAGAUUAGGAUUUGCCACUUCAUCUGAUGUCAUUGAGAUGAAAGGGCGUGUUGGUUGUGAGAUUAGCAGUGCUGAUGAGCUUCUCCUCACAGAGAUGAUCUUCAAUGGACUUUUCAAUGAUCUUACUUCAGAACAAGCCACAGCUUUGCUUAGCUGUUUUGUAUUUCAGGAAAAUGCCAGUGAAAUGCCGAAACUGACCGAACAAUUGGCAGGACCGCUUCGGCAGAUGCAGGAAUGUGCGAAGCGUAUAGCCAAAGUAUCGGCAGAAGCUAAACUCGAAAUUGAUGAAGAACUGUACCUUAAUUCAUUCCGUCCCCACCUGAUGGAUGUGGUCUACACAUGGGCCAAUGGGUCCACAUUUUCUCAGAUUUGCAAAAUGACAGAUGUUUUUGAAGGUAGCAUCAUUCGUUGCAUGAGGCGCUUGGAGGAACUGCUGAGACAGAUGUGUCAGGCUGCAAAAGCCAUAGGAAACACGGAACUGGAGAACAAGUUUGCAGAAGGUAUCACAAAGAUCAAGAGAGACAUUGUGUUUGCUGCCAGUCUUUAUUUGUAGAGCUAUGCUUUUACCUGGAAUCAAGAAGCUGGGGGAAGGCAUUUUCAUAUUUAUGGACUGUUUGUUUGUUUUUUUUUUUUGUUUUUUUUUAUAUCAAUGAUACCAGAAAAAGUUAGUUGAAUUAGUUGUUAAAGCAUAAAGCUCAAAACAGACAUUUGUACAUAAAGCUUUUACCACAAUUUUUAAUAAACAAAAAAAGAAAAGCA